AUGAAUGAAGAAGAGUUAAAAGAAUUACGCGAAAGACCAAGUAGAAAAUUAAGACGAUCAAAUUCAACAUCCAGUGUAUUUUAUCGAUUAAAUGAUAGAAAUAAACCAGAAAGCUUUAAAAAAUUAGAAAAAAGUGACAAGAAAACAGAAGCUAACAAAGAUUUUCCUAAUAUCACCGAUCCAGAAGAGAAAGCUAAUGCAUAUCAGGAAUUAGCUGAAAAACUGGAUCAAAUCUUGAAAGAGGAAAGAAAAGAAAAUUUAGAAAAUCUCGAGAAGAACACGAAAUGUAUUAAAGAUCAAGAAGAAGAAAUCAACUUUUUAAUCUUGGAAGCAAAGCGUAGCAAUGAAAGUUUAUUAAACACAAAAGAUUUACUCAUUGAAGCAAACGAAAAAUAUAAUAAAUUAAAAGAAGAAUUUGAUCAAGCGAAAGAAGAACUUCAAAAAGCUAAGCUUGACAUUGAUCAGCUAGAAACAGACGACGAGAUUUUGAAUG